CACCGGGGAGGUGACUGUGUUCACGGCGAGCGACCGGGAGACAUUUCGUGUUUUCNCCCUUUUCGCAGGCAUAUCCAUUAACAAUUCCCACCUGCUAGAGUUUGCUGUGAAUGCCGGCCGAGAAAUGAUGGAGCUGAACGAGAACCGUGCACUGGCUGGUGGCCGACGCGCCUCAGUACGCAAUAUAAAGCGUCCGCUUGCCAUUACGGACAGGGAAAGAGAUGCGGUACGGGAAAUUGAACUCGGCCAUCUGGACAUCACAAGCGUUGAAUUCGACCUGUUCUACGUGCGUGAGAAUAUGGAGGAGCCACUUGACGCCGCCGCUGCCGUUGCGUACAGACUAAUCUUGGGGACUGGUCUUCCUCAGAAGUUUCGCUGCCAUGAUGACACGUUGCUGAACUUUAUCCUCCAGUGUCGGAAGAAGUACCGCAGUGUGCCGUACCACAACUUCUACCACGUUGUGGAUGUAUGCCAGACCGUAUAUACCUUCCUGUACAAGGGCGCUGCCUGCGAAAAGCUGACCGAGCUCGACUGCUUUGUGCUGCUGGUGACGGCGCUGGUGCACGACCUUGACCACAUGGGGCUGAACAACAGCUUCUACCUCAAGACGGAGUCCCCGCUAGGUAUUCUGUCCAGUGCGAGCGGCAACACCUCGGUGCUGGAGGUGCAUCACUGCAACCUUGCCGUCGAAAUUCUCUCCGAUCCGGACUCGGAUGUCUUUGAGGGACUUGAUUCUGCCGAUCGCGCCCUGGCGUAUCGCGCCAUGAUUGACUGUGUGCUUGCAACGGAUAUGGCGAAGCACGGGGCUGCGUUGGACGGUUUUCUGGAGUUGGUGGCACACCCCGAUCCGAAUUUAGUGAAUUUUCGGCAAAUGACUAUGGAAAUCUUGCUGAAGGCGGGUGAUGUCUCGAAUGUGACGAAGCCGUUUGACAUUUCUCGUCUGUGGGCCAUGGCGGUGACGGAGGAGUUCUACCGCCAGGGCGAUAUGGAGAAGGAGAAGGGUGUGGAGGUGCUGCCCAUGUUCGAUCGUUCCAAGAACACAGAGUUGGCCAAGGGCCAGAUUGGCUUCAUUGAUUUUGUUGUCGGCCCGUUUUUUAAGAAGAUUGUGGAAGCCUGCCUCACUGGCAUGCAGUGGACGGUUGACCGUGUGAACAGCAACCGUGCACAGUGGGAGCGUGUGCUUGAGGCAAGGUAA